AUUUAAAAACUCAUCAUUCACAAAAUGACACUUGCCACCAAAUUAAAAUAAUAUUAAUCCUUAAAUCUCUCAAUUUAAACCCAAAAACCAAAUAAAAACAAUUAAAAUCCAGGUAAAGUAACAGACAACAGUCAGGAACACAGAGCAGAAUCUAAAACGCCAUUUUUAUAGUGGCUGGCUCCUCUUCUUCUCCAACCUGUUCUUCAACUGUUUACUGUUUUUUUAAACAAAGAUCUAAUCUUUGGCCUACUAUUUUUAAUUUUGUGAGAGACCCACAAAAAAUUAGAGAGAAAAAAAGUGAGAUUAAUUAUUAAUAAUCAUGCCAUCAGGUGCAAAGAAGAGAAGAAAAGCAGCUCAGAAAAGGAAAGAACAGCAAACCAAUAAUAAUACUAAUCCUCAAGGUAACGAUGAUCCGAAAAGCCAGGAUGAGAGGGACAGUGAUGGCGGGGAUGUUGACUCCCCGGCUUCACAGGACCACCACAACGAGGAGCAUCCAUUUCGUGAGGAGAGUGAAGAUUUUGAAAAGAGAGAGCGGUCGGCGUCUGUUGAGGGAGUCUCUAGUGAUGCACAAGGUAACCGAGUUGGAGUAGAGGAUGACGGUGUUGUGAAAAUUGAGAAAGAGCUGGAUUCUGAACAGGAUGCCGAGAGCAAAGAUGUUAGUGUGGAGCACGUUAAAUCUGCAAAGGAGUCGCAAGUUGGAGAUGACAGUAGCUCUAGCAGUAGCAGUUCUUCUGAUGAUGAGUCUCAUACUUCUGUCAAAAAAUUGAAGGAGGAAGCACAUAAUGCAUUCAGUAAUGUGAAAAAGGUGAUCCUUGAAGAGAUAACGCAAGUUUCUGGAGCUAAAAAAUUACUCGAGAAAGCUAAUGGAAACUCCAUUGUGGAAACUGUCCCGUCUGACAACUUGGAUGAACCUCCUGUGCCCCUGUCUGAGAUGGCAAAAUGUGUGAUGGAAGAUGCUGAAGUUGAGAGCGCAAAGGUUCUGGAUGUGAUUGAAUCAGUGUUGAAGGAAAAUGAGGAUAAGUUGCUGCCGAAAUCUAAUGAUGUUGGGGUAUCAAAUAGUCUGGUUACUUCUGAUAUAAAUGGAAAUGAGAGUAAGAUAUCGGAUACUCAUGUUUCCGAAACUACUAUUUCUGUUGAGAAGAGCAAACAUUCUGAGGCUUCCGGUGGUACUGUGAAUGGAAAUGAGGGCAAAAUGCUGACACCAUCAAGCGCUCAUCCUUCUGAAGCUGGUAAGAAUGCAGUUAAAGCCAGAGAUGAUGAACCGUCUGAAUCUACUGAAACCCAGCCUCUUGUAUCUUCAGUUCCAAGAGUAACUCAGAGGACCUCCUUCAUGAAUUGCUGUGGUUUACUUGAUCUGUUUACAGGCUCCGACAGAUAGUUUCCGAAGCAUGAUGGUGCACCCGCGCGCUGAGAAGCUUGCAAAUGCUGCUUAGAGAAAUUUGUAGCAGCUCUCAGCUUGGUAUCUCCUUGAAAAUUUUCUCAAAGAAUAAAGGGAAAAAAAAAGCUAGAUAGACAGAGAACUACAUACAAAUAUUCAAAUAGUGAUAUUACCAAUCUUUUUAUGCAGCUCAGUUUAUUCUGCAUUGCCUAAUGUUGAUUUUUUUUUCUCGUGUUCAUAGACGGUGUGUUGUAUCUACUUCAUGUUGCGUUAGUUCUGGCGAAUGCGUGAAUCUUGAAAGUACUAGUUUUAGUAUGAGAUCUUUGUUUUUCUUUUA